CUUAACCUCAAACUUGGGGCCAAGAUAUCGCAAGCUGUCGACGCGCAUUUUAGCAGCAGCCAUUUUCCAGCAACCAGCUUGUAUGCCCUGAGGACAUACUUAUUUUACUAGAUUCUGAAUCAUAACUCAACGCGACCUCGUCGAUACUACGUUCUCACCAUGUCGACCCGUCAAGCGGCACUUUCGCUGUAUCGCCGGUCGCUGAAGCUGGCCCUCGAUUGGGCUGUCCACCGCCAUCUCUGGAGAGGCCAGGCGUUAUACAUCCGGUCACUGUUCGAGGCGAACCGCAAUGUGACGGAUUCCCGACAAAAGAGGGAGCUUUUGGCCCAGACAGAGAAGUUACUGGCAAAGUGGAAGCACCCCGAACCCUACGUGCACCCGACUGCACCCGGUGGAUCCAAGUACGAGCGCAACCUACGUGCACCUAUUCUCGACCCGCCACCCCCAUUGAAGUUCUGAGUGAAGACGGGCGGAUUGACUGGCCGAGACUGCGCACAAGGCUGGUUGUGUGCAUAGACAAGAGUAUACCGCGACAAACCCACAUCCGUUCUACCGGGCAGGGUUGCACGAUCUGUAGCACCGCAUGGGACAGUAAGAUGGAAUGGAAGCACGUUAUCAGCGUCCAGCUUACAUGAGUCGACAUUCAUGCUCAUCCUUGUCCAAUCUCGCCUUUUCAAGCCGGGCGGCAGCUCCUACUCUGCAAAAUGGCCCAUGAUGCGACUUCGCUAGGAGAACCCGCAAGAUCACGUUGAAAACCGUCAAAUGCCAUGCACGCCUGAGCCGCUCACAAACGCGAUCACCGAGAUAUUGUAUUGAUUUCAAGGCUAGCCUUUAGCUGUUAGAAAAAUGUUCCCAAACUCAGAUUACUAUAGAAAGAUAGGACACGUUUCGUGCUCUAUGAGCAGAAAACACGAGCAUAGCCUCGACGGAAGCCAAAAUUGGAACAUAGAUAUUGAACUUGUA